CGCCGUUUCCUAGGACGCGCGCGCCUCCACUUCCGGCGCGGGAGGCCCACGGUACCCAGCCUUGGAACCAACGCCGCGCAGCGCCCCCGAUCUUGGACUACGAGCCCCGGACCCCGACAUGAGUGACAGCACCUCCUGCCUCAUAGCUGGGAUUGUUUACUACAGCCAGGAAAAGUACUUCCACCAGUUACAGCAGGCUGCUGCUGUGGGCCUGGAAAAAUUCAGUAACGACCCUGUGCUGCAGUUCUUUAAAGCCUACGGAGUCCUCAGGGAAGAGUGCAUCCAGGAUGCCAUCAGCAGCCUGGAGAGAAUCCGAAGUCACCCAGACGUGUCCCUGUGCUCCACCAUGGCCCUCAUUUAUGCUCACAAGCACUGUGAAGCCAUCGACCAAGAAGCAGUGCAGGUGCUCAAGAGCAGCCUGAAGGAAAUGCGCCAGACAGCCAGCGGGACUGCCCUGUACUAUGCCAGCCUCUUCCUCUGGCUCACGGGCCAGCAAGUCAAGGCCAAGGAGUACAUCAGCCGCACCCUGAAGGCCUCCAGCAGCUCCAGAGAGGGCUGUGUGCUCCGAGGCUGGGUGGACCUCACUUCUGACGACCCCCACACCGUGAAGAAAUCUAUCAAGUACCUGGAGCAAGGGAUUCAGGACACCCAGGAUGUGCUGGGGCUCAUGGGAAAGGCAACCUACCUGAUGAUGCAGCAGAACUACUCAGGCGCUCUGGAGGUGGUGAACCACAUCGCUGUUGUCUCAAGGAGCUUCGUGCCCGCCCUGGUCUUAAAGAUGCGGCUGUUCUUGGCUCGGCAGGACUGGGAGCAGACGGUAGAAAUAGGACACAGAAUCCUAGAAAAAGACGAAAGCAAUAUUGAUGCCUGCCAAAUUCUAGCUGUGCAUGAGCUUGCAAGAGAAGGGAACAUGACCACAGCUGCCAACCGUGUUAGAAACCUGAUUAAGGCACUAGAGACAAGAGAGCCCCAAAAUGCAUGCCUCCAUCUUAAAAAAAUUCUCGUGAUUAGCAGACUGUGUGGGAGGCACCAGGCGGUUCUACAGCUGGUGUGUAGCUUCAUGGAGCGCACCUUCAUGGCCACGCCCUCCUAUGCCCAUGUGGCCACAGAGCUCGGCUAUCUCUUCAUCCUGCAGGACCAGGUGAAGGAGGCGUCUCUCUGGUACUCAGAGGCCAUAAAGCUGGAUGAGAGCAGUGUGGCCGCCUCAACAGGGAUCAUUUGGUGCCAGAUUUUAGACGGCCACCUGGAAGAGGCAGAGCACCAGCUGGAAUUCCUGAAGGAGGUGCAGCAGUCCCUAGGGAAGUCUGAGGUGCUGGUUUUCCUCCAAGCCCUUCUGGCAUCCAGGAAGCACAAGGGGGAGCAGGAGGCCUUGGUGCUCUUGAAGGAGGUGGCAGAGCUGCACUUCUCAGGCGUGCAGAGCCUCCCACUGGGCCCCGAGUACCUGGAAAAGCUCGACCCCUUCUUCCUGAUCUGCAUCGCCAGGGCUUACUUGCUCUUCUGCCCCAAGCAGCCUCAGUCACCAGGCCAGAUCGUGUCUCCUCUUCUUAAACAAGUCACCGUCAUCUUGAAUCCUGUAGUCAAAGCUGCACCAGCGCUCACAGAGCCCCUUUAUGUGAUGGCUCAGGUCAAGUAUCUCUCAGGAGAGUUGGAGAAUGCCCAGAGCAUCCUGCAGCAUUGCCUGGAGCUGGACCCCACCUCCGUGGAUGCCCACCUCCUCAUGGCCCAGAUCUACCUGGCCCAGGGAAACUUCGCCAUGUGCUCCCACUGCUUGGAGCUGGGCAUCAGCCACAACUUCCAGGUCCGAGACCACCCGCUGUACCACUUCAUCAAGGCCAGGGUCCUCAACAAGUCUGGGGAUCAUCUAGCAGCCAUAGAGACACUGAAAAUGACCAUAAAAUUACCAACUCUAAAGAUGGAAGGAGGCAAGAAGUUCCGUGGGCCCUCUGUGUGGCCCAGUGAGCGGGUUUCUAUCUUACUGGAAUUGGCAGAUGCCCUCCGGAUGAAUGGGGAGCUGCAUGAGGCCACCAAGGUCAUGCAAGAUGCCACCAAUGAGUUCAGGGGCACACCAGAGGAGGUUCGCGUCACCAUCGCCAAUGUGGACUUGGCUCUGAGCAAGGGGGACGUGGAUGUGGCACUGAGCCUGCUGAGGAACGUCGUGCCCACCCAGCCCUACUAUGUGGAAGCCAAAGAGAAGAUGGCCAGCAUCUACCUGAAGGCCCACAAAGACGUCCGUCUCUACAUCGGAUGCUACUGGGAGCUCUGUGAACAUCUGCCGGGCCCCCACACCAGCCUGCUGCUGGGCGAUGCUUUCAUGAAUAUUCUGGAGCCUGACAAGGCCCUAAAGGCCUAUGAAGAGGCUUACAGGAAGAACCCACAUGACACAUCCCUGGUCCUCAGGCUUGGGCAAACUUACGUGAAGACCCACUAUUAUACCAAGGCGGUUAAUUUUUAUGAGGCUGCCCAGAAGAUUAAUGGACAGGACUUCGUGUGCUGCAGCCUGGCUGAACUGCUCCUAAAGUUAAAGAAGUUCAACAAAGCAGAAAAGGUUUUGAAGCAGGCACUGGAACAUGACUUCUCCAAAGACAUCCCAUCCAUGAUGAAUGAUGUCAAGUGCUUGCUUUUGCUGGCAAAGGUUUACAAGACCCAGCGAAAGGAAGAUGUGGUGGAAACUCUGAACAAGGCCAUGGACCUCCAGUCUAAGAUAAUGAAACGUGUUCCUCUGGAGCAACCAGAAAUGAUUCUGUCACAGAAGCAACUGGCAGCCUCCAUCUGCAUCCAGUGUGGGGAGCAGUACCUGGCAGAGAAGGAGUAUGCCAAGACGGAGCAGUCAUAUAAGAAUGCCCUCUCCUACUCGCCCACUGACAAUAAGGUGGUGCUGAAGCUGGCACAGCUCUACCUGCUCCAGGGCUGCCUGGACUUGUGCGAGCAGCAGUGUGCCAUCCUCCUGCAGACCGAGGACCACGAGACUGCCUCUGUGGUGAUGGCUGACCUAAUGUUUAGAAGACAGAAAUACGAAGCUGCCAUAGAUCUCUGCCACCAAGUCCUGAAGAAAGCCCCAGACAAUUUUUUGGUAUUGAAUAAACUAAUUGAUCUGCUACAAAGAAGUGGCAAACUUGAAGAUGCCCCUGCCUUUUUUGAAUUGGCCGAGAAGAUGUCCAGCCGUGUGGUUUUGGAGCCAGGGUUCAACUACUGCCAAGGCAUCUACUGCUGGCACAUAGGGCAACCCAACGAAGCAGUGAAGUUCCUGAACAAAGCACGCAAGGACAGCAUUUGGGGCCAAAGCGCCACCUACUACAUGGUGCAGAUCUUUCUGAACCCUGACAAUGAGAUCAUGGGCGGAAAGGCUCAUGAGAACCUGAUGCCUGAGAGCAGUUCCACCUGCAGGAAGGAGUCAUAUCAGCAGGGCGUGGGCACAGCAGAGCAACUGCUGCGGGAGUGCUGCCCGAGCUCAGAGGGUGGCCAGAGCCAGCUGCAGCUGCUGCAGAGCCUGUGCCUGCUGGCCUCCCAGGACAAGGCCAGCAUGGAGGCGGCGCUAGGCACAAUCGUGGAGAUGGCACAGGCUGAGAAGGACUGUGUCGCCGCCCUGCUGGCCAUGGCACAGGCCUACAUGCUGCUGAAGCAGGUCCCCAAGGCACGCACACAGUUGAAGCGUCUGGCCAAAGUCCCAUGGGCGCCUGCAGAGGCUGAGGACCUGGAGAGGGGCUGGCUCCUGCUGGCUGACAUCUACUGCCAGGGCAGCAAGUUUGACCUUGCGUCUGAGCUGUUGCGGCGCUGUGUGCACUACAACAAGUCCUGCUAUAGGGCCUACGAGUACAUGGGCUUCAUCACGGAGAAGGAGCUGUCCUACGUGGAUGCAGCUGCCAACUACGAGCUGGCCUGGAAGUACAGUCAUCAUGCCAACCCUGGCAUUGGCUUCAAACUUGCUUUCAACUACUUGAAGGGCAAGAGAUUCGUGGAGGCCAUCGAAGUCUGCCACCAUGUCCUCACGAAGUACCCUGACUAUCCCAAAAUCAGAGAAGAAAUCCUGGAAAAGGCACGACGUUCUCUGAGGCCCUAGCAGUUGGUGAUGGAGACCAUCAGCCUCCAGAGGUUCCUUGGAGGGCUGGGAAGUAUGUCCAUGCAGAGGAGACUCAGAAAAUGGCUUGUUCUUCCCUAUCUGUAAA